GCUGCUGGAUGAGAGGGAGAGAGGGAGAGCCUCGAGAGGGAGAGGGAGAGACAGGGAGUGGGUGGGUAAAAGGGGACACUAGUGGCUCCUUCCUUCCUUCCAGGCGUCUGCUCCAGCGGGGCGGAGAAGAGCAAGCGCUUCUUGGCGACUCUGCUUUUUGUGACUACUGCUGCUGCUGCUGCGUGACGGUGGCGAAGCCCCCGCUCGCUCUUCCCACCUACCCACCCUCUUGCUCAGGAGCCAGGGUCUUCUUGCGCGCUGACCCAUUGCCCCGUUCUCCAACCAGCCCGGACCCGCAUGGCGUGCUACUUGGUGAUCAGCUCCAGGCAUCUCAGCAACGGGCACUACCGUGGCAUUAAAGGGAUCUUCAGGGGACCGCUCUGCAAGAACGGCUCUGCCUCCCCGGACUUUGCUGAAAAGGAGAAAGCUGCUGCAAGGGCUUUGGAGGAUGUGAAGUCUAACUUCUACUGUGAAUUAUGCGACAAGCAGUAUCACAAACACCACGAGUUUGACAACCACAUCAAUUCCUAUGAUCAUGCUCACAAGCAGAGGCUGAAGGAGCUAAAACAGAGGGAAUUUGCUCGGAAUGUGGCUUCAAAGUCCUGGAAAGAUGAGAAGAAACAGGAAAAAGCACUCAAACGACUUCAUCAGCUGGCUGAGCUGCGGAAGCAGUCGGAAUGUGUCACUGGAUGUAAAAACCCCCAAGUGACGGUAGAGAAAGAACAACAACCACAAGAAAACCUUCUCUUAGGUCAAGAAAGAAAAGCCAAAAAUGAAGCUGAAAAACAAAAUCUCACCAGCAGUACUUCAGAGAAGCAACAGGAACUUUUGCUAAGCAAAAGCCAGUCUUGCGUAGAGAGACGCCAUUUGCUUAGAGAUCGUAUCCCUCCAUCAUUCUCCUGUGGCACCAAUAACUGUAAUCGAGCUGGGGUAUCUUUUUCGUUUGCUAAAAAAGUCCAUUUAAAGCUUGAGUCAUCAGCAUCCGUUUUCAGUGAGAACAUGGAAGAAGCAUAUGAUUGUCUUGGAUCACCUAGGCAUAAAGCAAAAGAGAGAUCUGAAAAGUGCCAAGGGUGCAUACAUAUGAGUGACGAGAGAAAAGCAAAUGUGCAAAAACGGUUAAACACGCUUCAAGGUCACUCAGAGAUCGUUGUAUCAUGCAAUUUGGCUGGAAAAAAUAAAACACAAAAAGAAAAUGAUCCCAGCAUUAACAAAGCUGAAGUGGAAAUGCAUCUUUCAUCUUGUAAAAACAACAUCCAUCCUUCAGAUUUGGAAUGCACUGCGUCUCCUGGUGUAAGAAAACAAGGAAGAGUAUCUUGGGAUGAGAAUCAGAAGUCAUUGGAAACUCUCGUUGCACCUCCGGGUCACACUCAGACUGUCUGUAUGCAGCAAAAUGCGUAUAAGCACAAUGAUGCCCCAUUAGCAGAAUAUGUCUCUGACAGAUUAUUAUCAACCCAAGACUCAUCCAAGCAAGGACAUCCAUGCGAAUUUAACUACAGUCCCUUUGUAUUCAAACAAUCUCCUAAUUGUUCAAAAACUGUGAAUACAAAUGCAGAAACACCCAGGGGUAAUGCAGUGGUUCAUGAAAUUAAGCCUAAAUCAUUGCCUUUUCUUCAAGUACUGAGUAAAGAUGGCACCACAGCCUUACGGUGGCCCACAGAACUUCUUUUUUUUACAAAAACAGAACCCUCUAUUUCCUAUGGUUGCAACCCUUUAUAUUUUGAUUUUAGACUUUCCUUGUCCCACAGAGACAGCGGACAUCAUGAAGUCAACACAGAAAGAGAACACCCAGACACAAUGGACAUAGAUGGAAAUGAAGCCUCAGGUCUAAGUGAGAUCCAGCAACCAUCUAGUGGAAAAGAUAAUCGGUCCUUAAAGCCAAAGAAGAUUAGAGCUUUGAGCCUCAAACAGCCCCAGCCAAAAUUGGAUUUAGACACAGAGAAUGAAAUGCAUCAAAGUGCUCCAAAGUAUAUUUCAGAUGAUUUGAAUGAAAAUGUACCACAAGUGCCUGCCUGCCUCGAUUGCUCACAAAGGCAUCACGUAACAGCAAUCAGACCCUGUCCCACAAUGCAUGUGAGAUCUUUAGCACAGCACUUGCAGACCUGUGAAAAAACUCUACAGGAUGAAGUAACGGAAAACAUUUGCAUCUAUCCCUUGGUGUCUUCUAGGACAAACAUGCAAAAAUGUGCCCAAUGUGAUUUAAUAUAUUCCCCAACACGAACCAAUCUGGAUUUGGUUACCUGUACCGAGGACCUCAGUGAUGGCGGGAAAGAUUCCAUCCUCAGUUAUAACUUGGGUUCCAGCGGUGGAUUUGUGGCAAACACAGACAACAGAAGUUUGGAUGGUUGCUGGAAAUUUUCUUCUUUGCAAAACCCCUUGUCUGACAGGCAGUCUAAUUAUUCUGACACCUCCGCUAGCAGCGCAACUAGUUUUGCUACUUGCUACUCUAGUCACAGAUCAAGUGAUCACAGCAGAAGUCGUUUGUCUUUUUGUUGCAAAAGGAAACAAAAGCCGGUUGAAAGGCAGAAAUGUAAACACAAAAAGCACAAUUGUGUCUCAUCUUCAGAUGAUGCAGACGAGGACUGCCUUUUCCACGAGAAAAGUCAAAAAUCUCGAAAUUGUACACAGAGUCAUACAGUUAAAUAUCAAAGACAUCCAAGGUAUAGGUAUUUACUACAAAGAGACAUAUCAAAGCCAGGCAGAAAUAGACACCUUCUCUGUAAACACAGCAGGGGUAGGAGCUACAGCAGUUCCAAAGGUUCUUCCACCCAAGAUUCAGGAAGCAGUGAAAGAUCAUCAAGUUGCACCAGAUCAAGAGGGAGUAGUUCGGGAUCCCUUGCAAAAGAAUCAACGUACAGCUGGAACAAAUGCGAAAAGGAUGACAGCACUAAACCAGGGACAUCAGAGUCUGCACGCUCAGACUGCCAGUAUGUAACUUUUCCGUCAAAACGUACUGGAAUGUGCUCUUUCAACCGCUUAGAAAGAGAAGCAGUGGGAAAGAAGUCAUUAACUGCCAAGUUACUUCUAGAGAAGGUGAACUCAAAGAGGAACCAGGCACAAACUCAGAACACCGAGCUCUUUUCAAACCCCUAUGGGGUAGAUAUUCCCCACAGUCAAACUGAUAUUAAAUAUUUGUCUUCAGUAGGCAAUGAAGCAAUGUUCUCUUCACCUGAGAGAGCCGUACACCAUGAUACAAACAGAGUGUGGAACAAUGAACCCACUGCACUGCAAAGCAAUGCAGGCAAAGAUCAAGUUGACAUUAUGGCAAUAGAUAAUCUUACUUUUCCAGCCAGCACUAACUAUGGCGAUCGCCUGCUCAAGGAUAUAACUCAAAGAGGGCCUGGCUAUCAGUCCCCAUAUGUAGAAAAAGACACAGCAAUAACGGAGCAGUCCAGUCUCUUACCUGGUGAAAUGCAAUCCCUUCUACACAGCUGCGACCCAGUGCCAAAUGAUUUCCCUGGUGCUUUUUCUUCUCACAGAUAUUCUGUUGUUCCAAAUCUAACAGAGACCAAAGAAGAACACAACACAAGCAUGAACCUGAAGGGUCUGGAAGGGCAUCUGAACUGUCCCUCUGACAGCACUAUGCAUAAAUCGAGUGAAACAGAAAACAAGACAGAACUGUACAGCAAAUGCAUCUCCUCUCCUUUAACACAACAGCCUAUAACGUUUUCCCCUGAUGAAAUAGACAAAUACCGAUUCCUCCAGCUGCAGGCCCAGCAGCAUAUGCAGAAGCAACUUGUGGCAAAGCAUCUCAAGGUUCUGCCUGCUACGGGACAAGCCACCUUUCCUGCAUCUCCAGUCAUUCAGCCCAUUCCCAUUCACCAACACUCUGCUGUUGCUACCCUCCACCAUACACUUUUGCAGAGUUUUGCAUUCUCUGCUGGAGUGCAUCCUCACAGCAGCCACCUUUCCCUGACUCAUAUACACCCAUUCGCACAAUCUCAUUUUGCUCCCAUGUCUUUUUCACCUUUCGCUCCAACCUUCAUGCCUUCCCAUUCAGCCCUCCUGACAGGACACCCAUUCCGUUUGGUAUCAGCGACGCCCAUCCACCCAUCUCAUCUGGCGAUUCCACCAUUGCCCCACACAGCAUUUAUUCCUACUUUGUUCACUCCACAACUGAAUGCAGCUGCUGCUUCUGCAAUUCAUCUGAAUCCUUUCAUUCACCCACUAUUCCAAAGUCAGGAACUUCAGCAUCGUUCCUGACCAUAUCUUAGGCAUUGGUUAGUAGAACCAGUGGUGGGUGGGAAAGACAGGUGUAAAUUUGGGAUUAAAUUAUUGAAAACAGCAAAACCGUUGAUCUAUGCUUCAAGAAGCAAAUUGGAAUGGAAAUUCUCAUUUAGCAGUCUAAUUGCAUAUUAUAGGGAAGUUAUGGCUUAUAUAGCUAGAAUUACAACAAGGAUGCUGAGGGAAAUCAAGGUUUGGCUAGCAUAGCACAUGACUGUUAAUUCAGUGA